AAAAGAAAGAAGAAGAAAAAAACUUCAAGCAUUGACGUGUACACUAACCUCCCCACCCAUUCUAGUUGCAUUAUUAGCAGAAGCAAAUUAAAUCCCCCCCAGCUUGCUAUAUCCCUGUGCACACUACCAUUCAACAAGAGAACAUCAAUUGAAAAAAGUUUGAACACGAAGAAGAAGAAGAAGGAGAAGGAGAAGGAGAAGAAUCACCACCUAGCUAGCUUUGCACACAUUUUUCAUUUCCAUUUUCCCCACUGAAUGAGAAAACAACCAUCUCAAAUGGCUCACCAAGUCCCUUUGGAAAAACCCAUCAACCAAAAAACUCCAUCUCUUCCAACCCUACAAGAACCUGAGGAAAUCUCCAAGUCUAACAUCAAUUGCAUGGAGCAAGGCAGCACAUCACCAAAGAGGCAUGAAAAUGAUGGGUCAAGCAGUGAAGAAAUUGCAUUUUUGGAAGGCCGGGCUUCUGCUGCUGGGGAUGUUGUUGUUGUAGAUCGCGAACCAAGUAAUGUGGCUGAUGAAGACAGUGGACGUGAGAGGUUGAAAAAGCAUAGGGUUGAGGUGGCUGGCCGGGUUUGGAUACCUGAUAUAUGGGGGCAGGAGGAGUUGCUUCAAGAUUGGAUUGAUUGUUCUGCUUUUGAUGCUUCUUUGUUCCCAAGUGGGAUUAUGUCUGCUCGUUCUGCUUUGAUUGAGGAGGGGAGGAGACAAAACUCAGCCAGAAUAAGAAUAGAAAACAGAUUGUUUGCUGUCAGCAAACAAACACCACCAAAAUAAAGGGAGAAAUCAAUCAUCUCUGAACGAUUGUUUGUCAGAUGCACCAGUGAGGAUGUUUUUUUAAGUCCUCUUGGGGGCAUACACCCACCUGUGAAUGAAGAACAAAUUGGGCAUGUGGACACCGUUCGAGAAAUCGCCACAGCCAUUGGUUCGGUGUCGGCCAGUCAGCUUAGUUAGUCUAGUUAGUUUGACAACCACUAGGUCAUAAAAGCUUAAGCAACUAGAGACUAGGCCGACAGUUCUAUAUACAGCUAACAGAGGAUACUGCCUGACAAUGUAGUUUGUAAACGCGAUCAGAACACAUGUAAGCCAGACAUCGUAUUUUCGAACACAAUGUAAGAAUUCAUUGUUAACUGAGAGGAUAAUAAGGAAUCCGCCAUCAGAGAGGGCGAGGAGGGAAAGAAGUUGAAAGAGAAA